AUGGUAGUUUGGAGUAAAGAUUGUUGCUCCUCAGUCAUACGUAACGUUAAAGUGGAUAACAGUCACAUAGGCAGCUGUAGUGGGCCUUUUUAUGGCGGCGCGGCGUCUUUCUCUAGACAAAGACACGAAAAGCUUGUUAGUCGUUUGGAGGAGUAG